UGACCCUAGUCUCUGUAAGUUUGCUAAAUAAACUAAUAAUAAUAGCGCGUCACACAGUGCGAUUUGUGUACAGUGCUUAUAUUUGAAUGCAUACCCAAACUUCAAUCAAAUCGAUCGGGUACAUUAGAAACCACCCCCCCAAUGCCGGCGGAAAAAAACAAGAAACGACGGCGGAAAAUAAGACGGUCUAACAAAACUGUAAACUCAGGGUGGAGUAAAAAUCUGAGGCACCCCCUGAUUGGCUCCCUCUACCCUCAAAAGGGCGUGUCUUUCUUUCCCCUCUGCUCCACCCCCUCCCUGAUGCUUUGGUCCUCCCCACAGGAGUAUGCCAGUAUCCCACAAUGCUGCUGCUGCUGCCGCCGCCGCUGCUGCCGGUCUGGCUCCUGCGUCACUCCGUGGCUCUGUGCCUGAUCCUGCUGCACAGCUCUGUUCUCAUGACUUUCUGCUUCCACCACGCCUCCACCAGCUGCUCCAAGGGCUGCUACUGCUCGGAGGCUCCGGGGGGGGCUGGGGGGGGACGGACGGUGCGCUGCAGCCAUGCCAGGCUGGGGGAGGUACCCCGGGACCUGCCCAACGACACCCAGAGACUCUACCUGGACUUUAACCACAUCGUCUCGGUCCCAGCCAACGCCUUCGAGGGGCUCCCCCUGCUGGCUGAGCUGGACCUGUCCCACAACGCCAUCGUCAAGCUAGAGAACGGGGCCUUCCGCGGCCUGGAGGAGCGGCUGAAGCUGCUGGACCUCUCUGCAAACCGACUGAUGUCUCUGAACAGAGAGGCAGUGGGCAGCCUGCGCUCUCACACCAACCUGUCCCACAACCCGUGGCACUGCGACUGUGAGCUGCAGCACGUGGUCCCCUCCCUGGAGCUGGAGCCAGCCUCUCUGGCGGGCAUGGUGUGCGAGACGGCCGUGCCGGAAGAGCACGCAGGCAUGCCCUUCCUGCUGCUGGCCCACGACGUGGACCUGUGCAAAGUGGCCCGCAGGACCACGGACGUGGCCAUGCUGGUCACCAUGUUCGGCUGGUUCGCCAUGGUCAUCGCCUACCUCGUCCACUACGUGUGGCAGAACCAGGACGACACGCGGCGCCACCUGGCGUAUCUCAAGAGCCUGCCGGGGCUCCAGCACAAAUCUGAGGAGUCCUCUGCCGUCAGCACUGUGGUGUGAGAGGAGGCGGGGUUGGGGGCUUUAUAGGGGCAGAAACACAGGCCACACUCCCCAAACAUAGAGUGUCCAAUCAUUUUUGUUCACCCUCACCGCAGCGAUCCCCCACACAGCUGCUCAGGAGAACUGAAGGUUCAGCGGGUGUCCUCCAAUCCCUCGACCGAGCCAGCUUCCUCUUCCACACCCAGGAACUCGAGAGCGGAUGUCAGCGAACUACCGGCCUCUGGAAGACAAAGGCCAGCCCUGCAGGAGUCCGCUCUGAGCUCACUUGGGCGCCUGGCCAGCUUCUGCACUGCCCUGACUGCGUGACUCCCCCUGCACACCACGCGGCUGUGCUUUUACCAGGGCAGACACUCUUUACCUGGUGCAGAAAGGUCAAUGUAAAAACUGUACUACAUUCUUUUGAACACAUGAAACGUUUUCUUUGAGCUGUUGGCGUAACUCUAACCCUAGGUUGGGCUGAUUUAAAUCUUAAGCUCAGUAUUGGAAUUCUCUCAGCUGGCCCGUCGCUAAAAAGCCUGGCCCGUCUUUCUGCAACCAUUCUGGGAGCCCAGAGUGAAACUGGAAAUGUUGGAUCUGCAGCAGGGUCCAGCCAUGUGCUUUGAGCCAAGAGUGCAGCCACCAGGAGUCAGUUUCCAAACCAUGUGUUAAUUCUGCACCUGCAAAAAUUGCAGUUUCCCCUCCAUGCUUUUCCCAUGGUUGUACUGUGCAUUUACCAUAGUUUACCAUACCUCUCUGUUGUUUUUCCAAUGCUUUCACUGUGCUUACUACACUUCGCUGUGCUUUUACUAUGGGGAACCUUUAUAAGGAUGUGGGCGGAGCUCUUAAAUGAACGGACCAAAGUGCCUGCUUGAUAGGUCUUGUUGUGGAAUGGGCGGAGCUACACCACCAUAUAUGACUGGCCCAUAUCUGGAAUGGGUGGGGCCCCUGCCCUCUCCAAUAGCUCAGAAAGCACUGGCUGUGAUUGGUUUAACUCUUUCCGAAAUGUUAUCCUUUAAUGCACAAUGACUGGGUGGGAUAUUUUAUUCAUCGAGUUUUUUCUGCAGAAGAGACUAUUAUUAUUAGUUAUUAUUAUGUAACCUAUUAUAUGUAGAAAAAUGACCUAAGGCUGUGUUAAACAUUCAAGUCUUUCCAGCACUGACUAACCAAAACCAGGAUUGGAAUUCUGGAUUGUCUUUAGGGGAGCCUAACCUGAAUCCAUUCCAUUGGCUCCGUGUUUUCAAGGUUGCUCUGCUAAUCAGACAGUUGGGGGGGGGGGGGGGGGCGGCAUGCUUGAAAAACCUUCAAUUAAUUGUCACAACAACAGGUGCACAGUACUGUGGAGAGGAUUUCAAUUGCCUUAAAAAUAAUAAUUCUAAUAAUAAAAACACAAAACAAAAUAAAUAUCCUGUUUCUUGUUGAUGGCUGUUA